AUGGGCUCCUCGAACGACACCCCAAACUUCGGAAAACGCUUUGCAGUCCUAAAUUUAGAUUGGAUGCACAUUCUUACAAAUGCUAUCCAGGGUACAGAUGAGGGAAAGAAAUAUAUUCAUAGUUGUUCCCGAUGGAAUGAUGCAGUCCAUCAACUUGAUCCGCGGCCAUUGACUGUUUUCUCGACCCUUGCAUUUACGCGUGGGCAGCCGGAAGUAGAGGCCAACAAACCAUUCGCUCGUCUUAUUUUCCCGUUCGGAUCAUUCGAAGCAGGAUCGAAAGAUACGCAGAUCGACUCCCGGUUCUUGGUAGAUGACAAGGACAUCGUUCUUCAGAAGACUAGAUGGUCAGCGACCACCGGAAGUUCGCUUGAGCAGAUUCUGAAAGCCCAAGGGAUCGAUACUGUUGUGAUUUCUGGAUUGAGCCUUUCGGGUGCUGUUAUGAGUACGAUUUAUCGACUUUUUGAUUUGGAUUACAACAUUUUUGUCAUCUCGGAUAAUGUAGUCGAGUUACCCGUGGACCAGACUGAGGUCUUCUCGAAGGUCCUGUGUGGCACUUUACUUCCAAAAAUGAAUUUAAGCGUCGUAUCUUUGGAGCAAGCUUUGACGGCACUGAUAAAGAGCCGGUAA